UCACAGCAAUGAGCUCGCCCAGCUCAUCAACCGCCGACCUCCAACAUGUUCUACGACCUUAACGUCCAAUGGGUGCCCUCCGAUCCGAAUCUUCCACGCACCCUCGCCUUCCUCCAUGAACUCGGCUACAACGUUGUUGCGCUGAACCACACUAUCUCUGGCAAACUACCCACAGACCUCAACAAUCCAAUUCCUACAGAGUCUCAACUCCAACAAACUCACAAAUCUUUACCCACCAAACUCACCAUCCUUCGACGCCUGACUCUUGUCCUCUCCGAAUCUGGUCAUCCCAAUGCCCGCCUCACAGCUCUCGCAUCCAACUAUGAUCUGCUCGCUCUCCGCCCCGUCGAUGAAAAGACCCUGAGUCUAGCAUGCAGUAGCAUGGAUUGCGAUAUAAUCAGUAUCGAUCUCACACAACGUUUCGGAACGCAUUUCAAGCACAAAAUGCUCUCUGUCGCAAUACAGUCUGGGAAGAAAAUCGAGAUAUGCUAUUCGGGUGGGUUAUUGGGUGAUGCUCAAGGAAGGAGGAAUGUGAUCAGUAAUGCGACACAGCUGGUCCGGGCGACAAGAGGAAGAGGCUUGAUUAUCAGCUCUGGAGUGGAGGCUAGGACUGGGGCAGUGGGUUGCAGAGGGCCUUGGGACGCAUCAAAUUUGGCUGCGGUCUGGGGGCUUGGUCAAGAGAGAGGGUACGAGGCUGUGAGUAAAGAGGCCAGAACUGUUGUUGUUAGUGGGAAGUUGAAGAGGACGGGAUACAGAGGGGCAAUUGAUAUUGUAUAUAGUGGGGAGAAGCCGAAGGAGGUGGAGGUAGGGAUCAGGGAAAAGCAGGCUCAGAAACGGAGUGAGAAGCAGAAGCAAGGUGCGAAGAAAGACGGUGCACACCAGCAGAAUGAGCAGCAUGGGCUGAAGAGGAAGGCGGAUGGGGACACGCCGACUGGAGACGGGAUGGAAAAGCCGCCGAGCAAGAGGCAGCAGAAGAAGCUUGCCCAUGCAGCGCGAGUCGCAAAUGGCACUGCUGGACCUGGAGCACACAAGGUUUCUGGCUAUGGCGACGAUUCUGGAGCAGCAGCAGCCGAUUGAAGACGUUCGGCAGCUGUCAAUGUCAUUGCAUGGGUAUCUUCGCUCGUCUAACUGGCCGAAAAGCAACUGCAUCCCCUGUACAGGGCUCGCGCAAGAAACGAUCGGCACUGUCACUUUGCGCCAUCUCUCGGAUCGGGCUCUCAAGAGCUGUCUUUCAGCAGUCCGCAGGCCGAGCACGUCCACCACUGGUGCUCCAUGAAUGUGCCGCAACGGCUGCACUGCCACCCGAUACUGGCAUUCGGGUUUGGCUGCUUGGUGGGAAAGCGCUCAGCUGCCGUCUUGGUCGGUAGUGGCUUCACGUUGAGAUCUCGUGAAGACCGCACCGGCUUCCGUGUGACACCCGGGCUCGGAUUGGACGGUUUACGAGAUUUCGAC